CCCCAAACAAUCCAGAGCUGUGUCAUCAAGGCCUAGUCUGAUUGGCGUCAUCGUGUUGAACGAGCUCCUUCUCUUCCUCCAAGAGAGAAGGGCAUCGUCGUUUCCCUCUUUUCCUCCGAAUGUCGACGUCAAGUGUGCAGAUUUGCCGUCGCAAGAGCUGCACACGUCUAGAUCUGGAGUGGAGCUGCGGUUUUCCACACGACACCAUGGAGAUGAACAGCGUUACAAUCGAAGACCUGGACAAAUACAUUGAGCCAAAUAACAAGGAGCAGGGAGUCGUGAGCUCCGACGUCUGGGGCACCGACAUCACCACUUCUGAUUCGGACAACGUCGUGCCCUCGUCCGAGUUCAACGAUGCUCCGUUUGCCGUGCACUCGCGCGGGAUCCGCAAGAUGUGGGCCGAACCAGACUCGAGCGGCGUCCUGGUGCGCGGCAAAACGUACAUGGACGACCUGGUCAAGGUACCGGCCGGGAAAGCCAUCGGCAAGUUACUACACGUUGACCUGUGGAGGUUUGAAACGGCUGAGGAGCGCCACCAUCUUGCUAUGAAGGAGGAGACACGACCUAACAGCGUGCUCGUCUAUUGUCGCGAAAAGUUUCCCGACUCCCGAGUGUUUAUCGUCAAUAUUGAAUUGCCCAACACGGACAAUCUGAGCAUCGUGAUCUAUUGGCUCAUACCACCUGCACCGAAGAAUCCAGAAGAGGAAGGCACGGCAGCUUUCCACCGUUUAUUCAACCGAUUCUGUGACGAAGGAGACGACGACUUUCGUAACAAUCGCUUCAAGCUCAUCCCGAACCUUGUAGAAGGUCCGUGGAUCCUGCAGACGCUGGUGCCCAACCGUCCAGCACUCACUGGUAACAAACUAACGCAGCGCUACUUCUGUCGUAGCAACUACUUCGAACUGGACUUGGAUGUAGCCUCCAGCACAGCGGCACAGUACAUUGGGUCGAUGUGUCAGAGCUGGGCUAGCUACCUGCAAAUGCAUCUCUACUUGACUCUUCAAGGCGAGAACGAAGAUGAACUCCAAGAACGGAUUCUCGGCGGCGUCGACGUCUCGUAUUUAAAUCUCGAGCUCGCGACGGAAUUCAGUUAAGUUUAGUGCUCAGACAUGUAUGAGCCAGUAGUGCUGGAGAAUCUAGAGACAAGGGCUGUUUAUUCACGAGGCAGAUGUACAUGGUUCUCGGUUUACUUGGCCUCGGGAAGUACUUUGUAUGGGUUUAGUAUCCCCUUGGGGUCCAUCAUGUGCUUCAUCUGUUGCAUGAGCUUAAUGGCGUUGUCAGACUUGGACAUGUGAAGGUACUCGGGUUUGUGUGUGCCAAUGCCGUGUUCAGCACUGAUGCUUCCACGGUAUUUGGAUGUCCACUCGAAGACGAACGGCUCCAACGCAUUGAACACUUGUUCAUCGUACUUUAGAGUUGAAAUGUUCAGGUGAACAUUGCAGUCGCCAAUGUGACCGUAACAUACCACCUUAGCAUCCGUCGGAGCGAGUCUUUCCCGAGUUUCCUCUGCAAUUUUGUAGUACUGUUCAAUCGGCAAGGACACGUCGUACUUGUACACGUACCCACGCGCCGCAAGUGCAACGGUGAUGUCUUCACGGAUCAAGAACAAUUUUCGUGCUUGCGCUUCGUCUUGAGCCACUGUACCGUCAACUACGACGCCAGAUCCCAUGACACCCUCUAGGUACUCGUUCAGCUUCUCCAUGUCAUGAUUGGCAUUGCUACCCGAUGUCUCGAUCAACACGUAAUACGGACUUGGAGUCUCGAGCGGAUCUUUCGUCCAGUCUUGUUGCGACAGCACCAUAUCGAGAGAUUGGCGGUCCAUAAACUCCACUGCUGACAGGACUUCUCCUAAGUGUUUCUUGGCCUCGACGAAAGCCUUCUGAACUGAUGCGAAGUCUUCGCAAGCCAGAAGGGCGACAUUCUUUGAGGACGAGCGUGGAGGCGUCAAAAUCGACACCUUGGUUACCACACCCAGCGUACCCUCAGAGCCGAUGAACAACUGCUUCAAGUCGUAGCCCGUGUUGUCCUUGCGCAUCGUGCUGAGGCAGUCGAUCACUGUACCGUCCGCAAGUACGGCCUCAAUACCCAACACCGUUCCGUGCAGAGAUCCAUACCUUAGCAGUCGAAGACCACCAGCAUUGGUCGCGACAUUGCCACCAAUUUGACACGUUCCUUUGGCUCCAAGAUCCAGCGGCAUCAUGUAGCCGUGCUUGGCUACGUAGUUGUCCAGGUUCUCCAGGAUACAGCCAGCCUCACACACCAAAAUGCCCGACACCUCGUCAAACGAGAUCACGCUGUUCAUUGAGCUCGUGGAUAGCACGAUCUCGUCGUAAACCGGCACGCUGCCUCCCACGAGACCCGUGUUGCCUCCCUGUGGCACAACUGGCAGGUUACGCUCGUUGCAGUAUUUGAGGAUGGCUGAAACUUGCUCUGUGGUCUUGGGUUUAAGCACCAUCUGGUGGUUGCUCUGUGCCUUGUACUUCUUAAGCCAGUCCACCGUGUAGGUCUCGGUGUCAUCCACGUCGGUGAGCACGCUCUCGGGUUUGAGUAGCUGCUGGAAGUAAGCUUUGUCAUCUUCCGUCCAGGAGGCGUGGGCGGGGUUGCGCGCGGGUGUCGAGAAAGCUCGCGCGGCGGAGAGUGCCCCGAAUUGGCGGCGUGUCGUACGCAGGAGCGUAGGAAGCAUCAUCACCAUUGAGAUUCGUCUCGGUGUGUGGUGCUUGGCGCACGAACAGAAAUGCCGUGUUGCGGAUACCUGCACCAAAGACAAACG